ACCCAGCCCUCCCCAUGCCAGGGGACGCCGGAGUCCGGACUGCCUUCUGAACCGCCGCGCGGCCUUGGCCCAGGACGAAGAUGUGGAAGGCUUCGGCGGGCCACGCCGUGGCCAUCCCGCAGGACGACGGGGACGCCGAUGACUGGGAGACGGACCCCGACUUUGUGAAUGACGUGAGCGAGAAAGAACAGAGAUGGGGCGCCAAGACGGUGCAGGGCUCCGGGCACCAGGAGCACAUCAACAUCCACCAGCUGCGGGAGAACGUCUUCCAGGAGCACCAGAGCCUCAAGGAGAAGGAGCUGGAGGCGGGCCCCAAGGCCUCGCACGGCUACGGCGGCAAGUUCGGCGUGGAGCAGGGCCGCAUGGACAAGUCGGCUGUGGGCCACGAGUACCAGGCCCAGCUGUCCAAGCACUGCUCGCAGGUCGACUCCGUCCGCGGCUUCGGGGGCAAGUUUGGGGUCCAAGUGGACAGAGUGGACCAGUCGGCCGUGGGCUUUGAGUACCAGGGCAAGACGGAGAAGCACGCCUCCCAGAAAGACUACUCCAGCGGCUUCGGCGGCAAGUACGGGCUGCAGGCCGACCGCGUGGACAAGAGCGCCGUGGGCUUCGACUACCAGGGCCGCACUGAGAAGCACGAGUCGCAGAAAGACUAUUCCAAGGGGUUCGGCGGCAAGUACGGCAUCGACAAGGACAAGGUGGACAAGAGCGCCGUCGGCUUCGAGUACCAGGGCAAGACGGAGAAGCACGAGUCCCAGAAAGACUAUGUGAAGGGCUUUGGCGGGAAGUUUGGCGUGCAGACAGACAGACAGGACAAGUGUGCCCUUGGCUGGGAUCACCAGGAGAAACCGCAGCUGCAUGAGUCCCAGAGAGACUAUUCCCGAGGCUUCGGCGGCAAGUACGGAGUGCAGAAGGACCGGAUGGACAAGACGGCCUCCACCUUCGAGGACGUGUCCAAGGUGUCGUCCGCGUACCAGAAGACGGUGCCCGUGGAGGCAGCAAACACUAAGACGAGCAACAUCAGAGCCAACUUCGAGAACCUCGCCAAGGAGAAGGAGCAGGAGGACAGGCGGAAGGCGGAGGCCGAGCGGGCGCAGAGGAUGGCGAAGGAGCGGCAGGAGCAGGAGGAGGCCCGCAGGCAGCUGGCCGAGCAGGCCUGCGCCCAGAAGCAGAGCCCCCCCGUGUCCCCCACGCCGCAGCUGGCCCAGGAGCAGCCUCCAGCCAGCCCCAUCUACGAGGAUGCCAUCCCCUUCAAGGCUGCGCCCGAGCCCGUGUACACCGGGGCGGACGCGGCCUACCAGGAGGCGGGUGGGCAGCAGGCCCUGGCCUACGCCCCCGAGGCCGUCUACGAGAGCGCCGAGGCCCCCGGCCACUACCCCGCAGAGGAAAACGCCUACGACGAGUAUGAGAAUGACCCGGGGGUCACGGCCAUCGCCCUGUAUGACUACCAGGCCGCGGGCGAUGAUGAGAUCUCCUUCGACCCCGACGACGUCAUCACCAACAUCGAGAUGAUUGACGACGGCUGGUGGCGGGGCCUGUGCCGGGGCCGCUACGGGCUCUUCCCGGCCAACUACGUGGAGCUGCGCCAGUAGCGACCGAGCCUGGCCCGGGGGCUGGCGGGGCCCGAUCCGCGUUUCCUCCUUUCUCUCAACUCCCGACGUGCAGCCCGGCCGACAGAUGUGCGUGCAUGCGGCCGUGAGCGCCACAGCAGCCGGUGACCCCCGACAACCCUCUGACCGUCGCCCAGGGGGGCUCUAGGGUUUGAGAGAUGCCCCCGGGCCGCGAGGGAGGCGCAUCAGCAGAGCCCCCGGUGACGGUCCUGCAGGAAGGAGGCGCCUUCUCGGGGCGGGCCGCCACCCUGUCCUCCUCCUGGGGGAUUCUGCGCUUUUUGCCAAAUGAUGGCGCAGCUUGACGAAAAGCCACCGGGAGUGGCGCGAUGCUGGGGACGGUUCCCCCGGAGCCCAGGGCCACGGGUGCCACCCCCUCCCUCCCCCCGUGGUGCGUCCGGCAGCCCCGCUCAGCACGGUUAGGUCGGGUUUUAUAUGCAAUGAUCGUAUCUACAUAUCCGUAGCACACCUCAUAGCUAUGAUUUUUUUAAAUUAAAUACUCGGAAUAAACUCUUUUUCCAUCCACUGUU